AUGAGGCACCAUGGACCGCCGCCUGUGAUAGAUGAGACCAGCACGUUUGUGGGACUUUUGAAGGAGUAUUCAGAGCAUCAAGUUGUUGAGAGGAAAAAGCCUGUGGAUCCAGCAGUAUCUAAACAACUCGAAGCUGCUGCUUCCUGGACACGUGAAGCCUACGUGAUUAAACGUCAUAUAUCAUCGCUUUUUGCUUUCUUGGCUAUGAUACGACGACCAUACCUGGAUAUUACGUCCAAAAAUAGACGUAAUACGGACAUGGAAGAAGAAAAGAUGGACUUUUCGGAUACUUUCUCACGUUGGCAGGGUGCAUCGUCUCUUACAGAGUCUGAGCGCGACGAAGUGGAUUUUCAGGUCAAGCUUUUGGUCAAGCAGUGCUUGUCUAGAGUUCAAGAGCUAGAACGAGGUGAAAUGUUACGUUCGCAGGCUGUAUCGCGUGCAUUUGAGAAAGCCGGACUGGGUGGCCUCGCGGGACUCAAUCUCUUCAAAAGCACAGUACUUUUACAGCGUCAAGCGGCGUCAAAUAUGCUCGGAUUACAUCAUAAAGCCAUAACACAAUACUUGUCUGAGCAGCUCGCACAAGCGUCUUCGAUCCAAGCGACUUUACAGCAGAGGCGUGUUGACAUGCAACGCCAACGCUUUGAAAAGCUGGCAGAUAGGGCAAAUCGACCUGCGACGUCGCAAGAAGGUGCAGUUUUGUCAGAAGAAGAUCUGCGUGGCAGUAUUGGUGCUAUGGGUGAAGAAGGUGUCGAUGUCGUGAGUCAACUAAGCUCAGAACAGCUCCAAGUGUUUGAAGAAGAAGCUUCGACUUUGGUUCAGUCGCUAGAAGCGGAUUUAUUCGCAGUUCAGCAUGCAGAACAACAGCUUCACGACAUAUCUUCGCUCCAAACCAAGAUUGUUCAACAUCUGGAGGAGCAGAAUGAGCAUGUCGACACUUUAUUGGACGAAGGAAGUACUCACGGCGAGCAAGUGACGCGCGGUAAUCAGCAGCUGCGUCGCGCUAAGGAGCGAAACCGACAAGCCAACCGAUACCUUUCCUUGUUUUUUGUGGCGAGCGGUCUGCUACUGCUUUUUAUGCAUUAUCUGGACUAG